GCCCCCUGCUGGCGCCCUUCUGAUCGAAACCUUCAAAACACAAGAAAUGGCCAUCCAGCAAAUUACGCAUGCGCAGUACUCGGCGCUUUAAAACAAGUCUUGAGGAGGGAACAUGAAGGCAGUUGCAGGUGGACAUGAAUUAUAGCCGAGGACCGCAGCUGCUAAGUUCUCAUGGGAGGUAGCUGUGAAUUGCAUCGCCGAGGCGUUGCAGGAUGAAAAGUCGUCGUGUUCGCCAUGACUCUGAGAGCCACACUGUUUCCGAAUACAGGGUUCAAGCAGGACGCUGACGACAUCGACUUUGACAAAACGCGUUUCGGGGCCACCACCGUGAGCCCUUUGAGCCUCAAGAGGGAGUCCUGCGACUUUGUUAUAGAUGUUAAAAACGUGCAGGGGGGCGAGAUCCCGAGCAAAUCAAGAGACUUAGACCAGAAUUACAUGACAAGCAAAGUUUCCCUCGCUGCCACGGUUUCAGAACUAGUUCAAGGUGACAAUAAAACGGUGGGGAUAUUGUCCCCUGUCAGACAAAUGGGGGGUGAGGGAACCCCAGUGAAAGGUAAACCCCUCUCUGCUGACACCAUGGAUAACCCUCUGAUGACUGUGAACAAUAACCCCAAGGAUGGCGGUGCUGAUGACAGUGUGAAGGGGGUCGUCCCUGGAGUCCUUGGCACCGCAUCCAUUGAACUCUCCUCUGAGGGCAAGUGGAGAAACAUCAGGAAGACCCCUGCUAAUCCCCACACACAGGCCAACUGCCUCCGGCAGAUUCUCCUCCUCCAACUGGACCUCAUUGAACAACAGCAACAACAGCUGCAGUCCAAGGACAAGGAGAUAGAUGAGCUCAAAGCAGACAAGGAGACUCUGCUUGCGCGCAUUGAGCGCAUGGAGCGUCGCCUGCAGCUCACCAGGAAGGACCCGCCGCGUGACAAACGCCUUUUCCAGCCCCUGGAGCCAUGGACCCCUGACAAGGAGGACAUGUGGGAUCUGGAUGUAGAGGAGAAUCCACAGCCCAACCAAGCCACUCCACUCCCCUUUAGUCGGGGUGGCAAAGGUCAAAAGAGGAAAACUUGCUUUGGAGAUCCAAAAGUCCAGAAAUCACGGGGCAAAAGUGCCAAGCUUAGCCCCCAGAAACCUGAGAUUCAGCCUGGCUCUCCCAAUCAACGAGAGCUGCGCAGUAAGGAAACCCCAGAGAAGACCGUUCCUCUGAGGUCAGGGGCAGAAAGGGACAUUAUGCUCCCAUGCAAAGAGGAGCCUGAGCUGAGCUGUCAGAUUGAAGAUCUUCCCUUCAUGUCUACUACUGAGAUGUACCUCUGUUGCUGGAACCAACCUCCUCUUUCCCCUCUACGGGAGACGUCCCCUAAAAAGGAGGAAGAGGUGGCCAGUGAGUGGACUCCUCAUGUAGUACAUGAUAUGCUGAUUGUUUUUCCAUCGUGGAGGGAAAAUCACAUAGAGCCCCUGAAUGAGGAACCUUCCUGUAACCCUGCUGAGCCGCUGGAUGACAAUGUGUUCUUGAAACGCCACUCGAAGUUGGAGUUGGAUGAGAAGAGGAGGAAAAGAUGGGACAUCCAGCGAAUCAGAGAGCAGCGCAUGUUUCAGCGUUUGCAGCAGCGCAUGAACAGGAAGAAAGUCGUCCCGGAGACUGAGCCAGAGCUGUCGUCCUUCUAUCCUGACACCGAAGAUGUUGAGACUAUAGUGAUCACUCCCUUCUUACCUGUGGUUGCAUUCGGCCGGCCGCUGCCCAAACUGGCACAACAGAACUUCGAGCUGCCUUGGCUUGAUGACCGAAGCCGAUGUCGCAUUGAGGUGCCCAAAAAACACACACCUCAUCGGACCUGUCGGAAAUAAAUCCUGCGUGGCAUUCACAGCUGAGAGACGCCGCUCCAGAUCAGAAAGUGCUUCAUUUGUUUUGUCUAGGCUGAAAAAAAGACAAGUCACCAGUCGCUAUGUAUAACUGCUGUUGCUUUCAGUCUGUGGGGGAGUUCAUGACUCUCUAGUCUCGACAUGAUCUCCAGCUGAUCUCCUGCAGAAUAUUGUAAAAGGACGGGAGAUCGCUGCUCCAUUGAGUGUCCUUGAUAUUUUGGUCUCAUUCACGCUUCUGAAAGGGAGAUUAAAAGCCUGAUGCCACAAGAUUACAGCCCCAGUGCUCACAGCUGUUGAAGGUUACAUGUCAGUUUGUAUCCUAAAAUGAAUGAACAGUUAUGUGCAUGUUUCUGUAACAUGUUUGAAAUACAGUUUGUAGCAGCUGUUCCAUCCAAAAUAGAUUUUAUCACACAGAAGUGGCGUUCCUGUCACUUUUUAUGCAUAGUCAGCUAACCGGCUAAAUUGGACUCUAAUCUUGAGUCACGUGAAGGGAACAUUGGUCGCCAUUUUGACUGAAAAGUAGUGCUUGAGCUGUACGUCAUGAGCAAUACAGCUAUGAUAUUUUUGUUCUGGGUAUUUCUGCCACGCUCGUUGUCCCUGCCUACGUGGAAAAAAAUGUCAAGAAUCUGACUGUAUCGUGCUGUGUAUUACCUAUAUUGUUCGCACACAACUUCAAAUACGAUUUUAUCAAUGUUAAGUGUGAUAUAGGGAGUUUUGAGACACACUCAGCAUGGUUUCAUAUAUUUAAAAAAAAAAAGCAUUUCUAGCCAAUCUAAUGUAACAAAAAAAAUUCCGAAAGGCAGCCAAUGAUUGUUGUGUUCUUCAUGAAAACAAAGGCACGGAUGAUUAGACGGGUGGUAAACUUGUUCCCCGUUUUGUUUUGUUUCUACAAGUUAUUUUUUUAUGUGAGUUGCAUGGACUCUGAUUAUCUGUUUUUUUUUUUUUUUUUUUUUAAAAAGAUGGUAGCAUGGCUUAAUCCCAGAAUGGAGAAUAAUCUCUGCUCACUGGGCUACAAAAACUACAAGACAUCGUUCUUGACAGCAUGACUUUGGCUGCUCGGCUGCGUUCAGCCUCAUAAGGCGAAUCUGAUAAUAACAAAGUACAGUUAUGAUCUUAAUUUUCGUGUUUCCAAUCUUUACAAUACGCUUACAUCCAGUAAAUACUAGGCAAGUUAUGUGUAUGCAUUGGUCUCUUGUGCUGACAUUCAAGGGAACCAUUUUAGAGGAUAAUAAGCUUCCUAGCUGUAGUUAUAGCGCUGUUCACCAGUACGCUCUUUAACAUGCUGCCAGUUAAUCUCUCCCUCUCUGAGUUAAUCUCAGUUACAAUCGCAGUUUUUGAUUUCUGCCCGUGUUUUUCCUCCUCGCUGCGUCUGCUCAACCUGUUUUACAUAUGAUGCAACAGCUUUCCGCAGCUUCAACACUUCAAACUGCCAGGCGUACGUGGAGGCAGAUUUUGGAAAUACAAAGUUGAUUUCUCUUUUUCUGUACAUAGCUUUCAGAAACAAAUGUACAUAAAACAUGGCUGUUAUUUUUUUAUUAUUUAAUGUUGGAAGUGUUGAGUACAUUCAAUAUUGUUCUAUGAUUGUAUGUUGACAAAUUGACAGUUUUGAAAGUUAAAUUUUUUUGGAAUAAAAAUUAACAUGUCUAUGAUA